UCACAGUGAGGGGAGCUGGAGAGAGGGCAGGUUCACGUUGUGUAAGUGGCAUUAGUGAUACGGUUGUGAGGUUCAGAACCUAUAGCCAGUGGUUGGUGUGAGAGGUGGGGGGCAACCACAAGGCUGUCUGCCUGUCGUGGUCGUAUUGGAAUAGUAGUUUAUGGUUCACGAACCUGUUAUAAGCCCCAUCACCAGCAGUGAACCCCAUCAUCUGACCACGGCCUGGGAGCCCCCACACCCCCAAUAACUGUCGCUGACCUGUGGUUGACCUGUGGUUGACCUGUGGUUGACCUGGCAGCAUGCAGCCCUCAGACAGUGAGGACGAGGUCGACUCCCCCGACGGGCCGGGGUCAUCACACAUUCCUCCCACCAUAUAUGUCAUCAAGUUCCACUCCGGGGCGGCGAGGGAGGCGGUGGAGUGGUUGAUAGAGAAGAUUGAGGCCAAGUACAAAUAUGGCGGAGCAGAGUUGUUAGUGAGAUGCGAACCCCAGAAGCAGGGCCAGGGUGUGACCGUCCACGUGGCCGCCACCAAGAUCAAGCUGUUGGAGAUAGCAGAAGCCACGGAGAUCCAGAAGAGAGCAGCAUCCGGGCUCAUCCAGGAGUUCACGGUGCGAGAACUGGACCAGUUCCUGUACCCGGGUCAGACGCUGGACACCGUGCUGACCCCGGCGGAGAGGGAGUACUGCGUCAGACACGAGCUGGACGCCAUCAGGGCCAAGCAGGAGGAGGGCCACGUCCCCGGGUACCCUGAGAUCAAGCUCUUUCCUGGACAGUCGCUCGUGGGAGUGUACCUGGCGGAGGAGCUCAUCGUGGACAUGUUUCCCCUUCACGAUCGCCAGGCGCUGGAGACCCUCGCUGGCCACUGGUAUAGAGCCAUAUUCCAGACCGCCCCUUUUGGCAUCUUCGUGCCAGAUAUAACACUUCCGUCCGUCAGUCAGAGUACAACCUCUAAGGAGAAAGAUGACAGUCCACAUACGCCGGCCAGAACCCGUCUUCCUUUCACAGAGGAGAUCCGGGCGUACUUCGGGGAGGCCGUGGCCAUGUACUUUAGUUUCCUGGGGUUCUACACGGUGGCGCUGGUGGUGCCGGCCGUGCUGGGCCUGGCGCAGACCAUCCUCUCCGUCGACACCCUGACGGAGUACGCCCUCUUCGCUGCCUUCAACCUCGUCUGGGUCACCAUCCUCCUGGAGCUAUGGAAGCGGCGGUGCUCUGAGCUGGCGUACAGCUGGGGUACGCUGGACAGGCAAUACCUGCUGGAGGCUCCCAGGUCAAACUUCAGGGGAACCAUGAAGCAAAACCCCAUUACGGGACGAUUCGAACCCACCUACCCCCUCUGGAAGACCAGGUUUAAGUUGUACCUGAUCUCAGCGCCGCUGGUGGGGCUGUGCCUGGUGGGGGCGCUGUGGGUGAUGGUCGGAGCCUUUUGGGCCGAGGAGCAGCUGGUGGACUGGAAGCGUCGCUACGGCGCCGUGGCCGGGGUCUUCAUGCACGUGCCCUCGGCUCUCUACGCCUGUCUGGUCUGGCUCAUGAACCUCUACUACAAGAGGCUGGCCACCAGUCUUACCGAGUGGGAGAACCAUCGGACGCAGCAAGAGUAUGACUGGAACAGAGUGAGCAAGCUCGUGGUGUUCGAGUUCGUCAACAACUUCUCCUCUCUCUUCUACAUCGCGUUCUACAUCCAAGACAUGGACAUGUUGUGCUCGCAAGUGGCGACCAUGUUGAUUGUCACCCAGAUGAUCAACCACUUCCAGGAGGCUCUGCUGCCGUAUGUGGUCAAGCAGGCCUACAACCAGCUGGCGGAGAAGGUGGUGGCGACGCUCAGGAAACACCCCCUGACGGAGAGGUUCUUCGUGGAGGUGGUGCGUCCUGUCCACGCCGCCCCGCUGGAGGAGGAGCCCGUCCCGGUGCUGGCCCUCGACCCCAAGGACCCGAGGAUCACUCAAGCCAAGGAGGAGGCUGAUCUGGACCCUUACGAGGACGCGUACGACGACUACCUGGAGAUGUUCUUGCAGUUCGGCUACGUCUUCCUCUUCUCUUCGGUGUACCCAAUGGCGGCCUUCUGGGCGGUGCUUAACAAUAUUCUCGAACUGAAGACAGACGCCUUCAAGCUGUGUCGGGUCCUCCAGCGGCCCAGGGUCAAGAAGGUCGGCUCCAUCGGCGUCUGGCAGGGGGCCUUCGAGCUGUUGGGAUGUGUGGCGGUCGUCACUAACUGCGCCCUGCUGUGUCUCUCUCCUCGAGUACGACCUCUGGCGCCAACCACUUCUCCCGUCGAGUGGGUGCUGCUCUUCGUCCUCCUCGAGCACGUCACCCUCGGGGCCAAGGCGGCGCUCAUGUGGCUGGUGCCUAACCAACCGUUGUGGGUCCGCCAAGCUCUCGAGAAAAUUAACUACCAGUCCAAGCUUGCUCUAAAGAAUGAGCGCUGCAAGAAGACCAGACGCCACUUGUCUCGUCGCUUCAGAAGCGUCCACGGAGUGCCUCGUUCCGGGUCCCGCUCCAGGGGCACCACCCCUGUGGCUCAGAACGGUGGUGUCAGGCAUCGAACCCCGCCCAGAGACUACCGGGACUACUAGCCACGGGCGGAGAGCGCGGGAGGUGACUACUGCUGCUACAAGUUCUACUGCUAGGCUACUAAACUGGCAUCAGCCAAUCACCGCCCACCCCUCGUCUUACACACACUCUCUCUCUCUUUGUCCCUCGAGUUGCCAAAACGCAACUGCUCAGUCCCUUCUGCCGCUAGCUAGGCUAUUCUCCUGCAGCACCUGUAGCAUUGCAAUCACCACUGCCAUCACGGACACCACCACUACCACCACUACCACCAUCGCGGCUAUCAACCGAGGGGGAAUACUCACUAUUCUGAAGUUGUGGAAAGUCAGAAACGUCCUCCCUGACUUCGAAUUCCACCGCGGGUUCUUUACGAGGUUCCUAUUGCUACACCUCUCACGGAAUUCCUGGAAUGGUACGCUAGGAAUUCGUAGUAAACAACUGCAGCUACAAUGUUUCAUACCCCUCGUUGGAACUACUCGAAGUGUAGACUAAACUACUGCAAUCACCACUGCAACUGAUGGCGGGUAGUGAGGAGAACCUGCUGUGGGUCAGACAGUACCUGCUCAACUAGCAUCAACUGAAGCAACAACUCUUAACCCUUAGGCUGCUGAUCACUUCUAUGAGCGUAUACUGGAGAUAAUUUCGUGAGGACUGAAGUUAAGCCGUCAUUCAAUUGUAGAAAAAAACACUGGAUGACCCCUGGUGUUAACCACCACUGGAUGACCUCUUUGUGUUAACCACCACUGGAUGACCUCUUUGUGUUAAUCACCACUGGAUGACCCCAUCGUCUUAACCACCAGACUAUAAUUAGACUCCUAUCCCAACCACCUAAGACCCCCCACUACCCCUCCUGACUCCAACUCCUCUUAAGUAACAAUUACUAACAAGUGCAACUAUGGUAAUUAUAAUCGAAUAUUCCCAACACGAUGUUCAUUAUUGUUCAUGGUGUGAAUUGUACACAAACUUGUCAACCUCGCCUUACUGGUUGUGCAACGUUACAGGAGUCCACGGUCAAAAACCCGUUUUCUACUUAGAAAGAUGUCAAGUUAUGUUGAGAUCUAAGCGUCCAUCGCUACGGGCGCCUGAGAUGUGCUUGAAAAGGAUUGAAAUUCUUGUUGUAGGUCGAGCGUGACUCGACCCUUCGAGGGAGGGGGGGGGGCCUACAGUCAUGGAGGAUUCACAGACGACACUUUCAGUCUGAACAAAGACAUUGAGUGCAGGACUGGCUAGGUCCGUAUAAGUUGAUUUCCGAUUGUCGAUUGUUGAGGCCCGUCAUGGGACAUACGUCAGAGGGUAUAAAAGUAUUAGAGAAUAUCUCUCUGUCUCUCUCUCUCUCUCUCUCUCUCUCUCUCUCUCUCUCUCUCUCUCUCUCUCUCUCUCUCUCUCU